GCCCCUGCUGCUGGUUAAUGUCACCCCAGCCGCCCGGGAGGCAGGCUUGGCAGCAGCGGCAGGACCUGCAGGAGCAGCAGCAGCAGCACCCAGAGAUGUGUGGCCCUGGAGGGACCACAGGGGCCCGGCGCUGGUGACCACCCCCAGACGCGUCACUAGUGCUCUGGAGGGGGACAGACCCACGGUUACGGCUGUGCAAGGAAUGAGGGAAGCAUGGCAAUACAUUGCACUGGCAGGACUGUGUAUGACUAAAAUCAACUAAGUCCGAAGAAACAGUGAAAGGGAAUCCCUUGUCAGUGGUUGCCCUGGUGCUGCACAGCUUUGUUUUGCCUGGCAUGGAGGCAGAUGGCUUGGAGUGGCUGGUGGUUCCAAUGCACCAGCUGGUUUCCUGGAGUGCAGCUGGUGCAAUGGUAUUUGGAGGUGUGGUGCCAUACAUCCCCCAGUACAGAGACAUCAAAAGGACACAGAAUGCAGAGGGCUUUUCAACCUAUGUGUGUCUAGUAUUAUUAGUAGCAAAUAUUUUGAGAAUACUCUUUUGGUUUGGCAGGCAUUUUGAGUCCCCUCUUCUGUGGCAAAGCAUUAUCAUGAUCAUUACUAUGUUACUGAUGCUGAAACUAUGCACUGAAGUACGUGUGUCAAAUGAACUGAACAUAAAACGUCGCUCCUUUUCAGAAACACAUCCAUUCUCGAUUUUAAAAGGGCCAAGUGAUGGAGAAUCUGCUGCUUCCCCGGUAAUCUGUUCCAAUGAUUUUGACUUGAACUAUUUUUGGCACUGGAGCAAGUUUACAGACUAUGUGCAGUGUGUUCUGACUUUCACGGGGGUGACAGGAUACAUCACUUACCUCUCUCUCGACUCAUUUCUCUUUGUGGAAACACUGGGCUUCCUGGCUGUAUUCACUGAGGCCAUGUUAGGCGUUCCGCAGCUUUACCGUAACUAUCAGAACAGAUCGACCGACGGAAUGAGUGUCAAGAUGGUGCUGAUGUGGACCAGCGGCGAUACCUUCAAGACUGUUUACUUUAUCCUGAACCAGGCUCCUUUCCAGUUCUCCAUUUGUGGCCUGCUCCAGGUCUUUGUGGACAUGGCCAUCCUGCUACAGGUUUACUUUUACAGAUUCUUAACAGUCUGCCGUCACUACCAAAAACAGUAUGCUCGAUGAACAUGUUUCUUUCAUACCAGAGCUGCAAAUGCUGGAAGAGAAGCCAGUGGACUAAUGUCUAAAGUCAUUUUCUAUUUAGAGCAUUUGAAAAGCUGGGAUACUUGGCUAGGAACUCUCUUGAACUUCAUCUUGAAAGAUGCUUUAAAAGCAAAGUUACAGAACUUUUUAUACGUAAGGAAUUAUCUGUAGCAGUGAUCACUUCAGAGAAUUAAGAAAUCAAUUACUUUAAAUACAUAUUUGUUGAAUGUAUGGUACAUUUAAUGGAGCUCAUGUUCUCUGUCAAUUGCAGUGAUUUAAAAACAAUUAAAUAAAUCAAUCAAUUAUAC